ACAGUAGAUAGAAGAAAUUGAUAAAUUGGUGAGAAGCAGUUCACAAUUCUCCAAAUUGGAGGCUACAAUGGGGACAGUGGAAGAAGGCCCAUUGCCAUACAAUUUAUGGCAAGCAGAAAACAGCAGCAAUUCAGCAUCAGAUGCAGUAUUAUUUGGUGGUAUAAGUUUAUUAAUUGGAGUUUCAUGCAGAACUCUUCUUCGUCGUACUACUACUAUUCCUUAUACUGUCGUUUUGCUCGUCAUUGGCAUCGCUCUCGGCUCUCUCGAAUUUGGGAGUAACUAUCGACUGGGAAAGCUUGGGAAUGGAAUUCGAAUAUGGGCAGAUAUAGAUGCUGAUCUUCUAUUAGCUGUAUUCCUCCCUAUACUGAUUUUUGAGGGCGCAUUCUCCAUGGAGGUGCACCUAAUAAAGAAAUGUAUGGCACAAAUGCUUUUGCUUGCUGGUCCCGGUGUAUUGAUUUCAACAGGCCUGAUUGGAGCUGCUGUGAAGCUUGCUUUUCCAUAUGACUGGAACUGGAAGACAUCAUUGUUGUUGGGGGCAAUUCUUAGUGCUACUGAUCCUGUGGCUGUUGUCGCGUUGCUUAAAGAUCUAGGAGCUAGUAAAAAGUUGAGCACGAUUGUUGAAGGAGAAUCUAUGAUGAACGAUGGGGCAGCUAUUGUGGUUUACCAGCUUUUCUAUCGAAUGGUUCUUGGGAAAAGCUCUGGCUGGUUUUCAGUGCUGGAAUAUCUUGCAGAAGGCUCACUUGGAUCUGUCGUGAUUGGCCUUGUGUUUGGAAUGGCAUCUCUUUUCUGGCUUCGGUUUAUAUACAAUGACACAUUGACAGACUUCUCGUUGGCUCUUACUGUGAGCUACAUUGCUUACUACACAGCUCAAGAGGAAGCUGAAGCUUCGGGUAUCUUGACUCUUGUAGCACUAGGGAUGGUUUUUGCAAUGUCAAAGGAUACCCAUAGAGCUGGGGGAAAGCAGAGCUUGCAUGAGUUUUGGGAAAUGGUUGCAUACAUUGCGAAUACUUUAAUAUUCAUCUUGAGUGGAGUUAUCAUAGCUCAAAGCAUAUUCAGUAUCGGAAAUUUCGACGACGAUACAGGGAGAUCAUGGGGCUAUGUCUUUCUUCUCUACAUCAUUCUUCAAGUAGCUCGAACCAUAGUUGUUUUUGCCUUCUACCCUGCCCUUUGCUACUUCGGUUAUGGUUUGAAUUGGAAAGAAGCUAUCAUCAUCAUAUGGUCUGGUUUGAGAGGAGCUGUUGGCUUGGCACUCUCCCUAUCUAUUAAAGGUGCUAGUGGUGAUCCAAAGUAUCUCAGCGCAGAAACUGGGGCUAUGUUUGUUUUCCUUACUGGUGGAAGUGUGUUACUGACACUCAUUAUCAAUGGAUCUACUUCACAAUUACUUCUAAGUCUCUUUGGUAUGGAUGCUCUAUCAGAAAGUGAGGAAACCAUGGUCAAUUAUGCAAAGAAUCAACUACUGAGAAAGGCUGAAGAGUUUUCUAGAAUCUGUAGUGGAAGCAAUAAUCCUUUCGACUGGGUGACUGUUGGAGGUUAUGCCACAUGCAUAAAAGAUGUCUGUGAAGACACAGUUUGGCCUCCCUGUACCACCAACCAUGGCUAUCUAGAAAUCGAUGAUAUGAAGACUAUGCGAGUAUGCUUUCUGAAAGCUACUCGUGAGGCUUACUGGUCAACAUUCAACGAGGGGAGGAUAACUAAAUCCACUAUCAGUGUUUUGAUGGAGUCGAUAGAGGAGGCAAUCGAUUUGGCUAAUCAGGGAUUGCAUGACUGGAAUUAUAUUUCUACUCACCUCAAGUUUCCAGGAUAUUAUAAAUUCUUCAGUGCACGUGUUUGUCCUCCCUGGCUGACAAGGUGGUUUGUUCUAAAGAAAUUACAGGAUAGUUGCCAUAUAUGUUCUGCAUUUAUCCAUGCUCACAGAAUCGCAAGACAGCUUCUUCUUGACUAUACUGGUGACAAUGGAAACGCUGCUAUUGUUGUUGGCGAAAGUGAAGUCGAAGAACUAGAAGCAAGGAACUUUCUAGAAAAUGCCAAGAAUUCAAUGCCCGAGAUCAUACAUCAAACAGAAUCAAGGCAAGUUACAUUUUCAAUGCUGAAGUCUCUCGAUGAGUGUCUCAGUGAUAUGGAGAAAGAUGGGAUUUUAACUGAGAAAGUUCUGCUGCAUGUACAUGAUUUGCUCCAGAACGACCUUGAAAAGCUUUUGAGAAGUCCUCCUUCAGUAAGGAUCCCGAAGCCAGGAGAUGUCCUAAGUAUCCAUCCUUCGCUGGGAAACCUUUCUCCUGCUAUUCAAAGCGAUCUGGAACGCUCCGCGAAUAGUAUGUUGAAGACACCAGAUUGUACACUCUAUACCAAGGGUUCCAAGAUGACAAGUGUCUGGCUAAUAGGAAAUGGAUCAGUUAGGUCGAAAAGGAGCCCUUUUCCUAUUCAUUAUCCCGUGGAUUCAACAUAUCCUCGCGGAAGUAUUUUAGGUCUGUACGAAGCUCUUGUCGGAAAGCCAUAUUUGUGCGAUAUGGUGACAGAUUCUGUGGCUCUCUGCAUCGAAAUUAAGCUGGAGUCGAUCAUGUCAGUACUGUCCCGUGGAAAUGGAGUAGAGGAAUUGUUGUGGAAGGAGUGCAUCAUUGUUGUAUCUAAGCUAUUGGCGCCUGAUAUGUUCAAGAAAUUCUCAAUCCAAGAAGUAAGAAGUAUCGUUGAUGAAAGAUCUGUCAUGAAUACUUUCUCAAGCCAAGAAGUAAUAGAAACUUCUCAUCAUUCCAUCAACUUCCUGUUAAGUGGUUGCUUAAGAGAUCAAAGUACUGGACAACUUAUUGAAUGCCCAGCAAUGUUGCCAUGCUCCAUUUUGAGUGAAAGUAUCCCUUCUGCCUGCACCAAUAUAACGGGUGAGAGUUCUGGAUCAUAUUCUUAUUCAAAGUACAGAGUUGUGACACCAGCACGGAUAGUUCGAAUAGACAUUUCAGCAGCAUGAGAAGCAGGGGUGGCUCGAGGGUAGAGACGAGGUAAUUUGUUCAUGAAUCCAGCUGAAGUACAUGUUGGCUACUGCAGCUUUUUAAAUCUGGAAUUCAAGCACUUGUAGCAUAGAUCCAUUCACAAAUUGGACCAGCUACAUGAUCAUUGUACGAUCUCGCUGUUUAUCCUUCUACCAAGUUUGGAUAUUCCCUACUUAGCAAUUGAACCACUGUGAGAGCAACUUUCUGUGGGAUCCAUUUGUACAAAACUGUUAGAGAAACGCCCGUGAGUGCAUCUAUAAAUAGUAGUAAUUCUUACGUUGUAUUGACUGUUAAAAAUAUGGUAAAGUGCAUGAGAAAAUAGUGAAAAAGAGAAUUUUAUUUGAAGGUUCUCUUGAUGAA